GUAAAUACAGAGUGUAAAGCGUUGUCUCUUUCUCUCUCCACUCUCUCUCUCACGGAGACGUUCCUUUUCUACAAAGUUCCUUCUGGAGAUAACAAAAAGGAAUGUCGAUCUGAUUCCCAAUUCAAGCUGAGUAAAAAAACUAAACCAAUCAGAGACACUGGUCUGUACAAUUAGGGAGUGAAAGAGGAGAUAAAUAUAGAGGGAGAAAGUGAAUUCCCACAGAAGGAGAUGGGAGGAGUGACGUCAUCAAUGGCAGCCAAGUUCGCCUUCUUCCCACCCAACCCACCAUCGUACAAGCUUGUGACGGACGAGCUUACUGGUCUCUUGCUUCUCAGUCCGUUUGCUCACCGCGAAAACGUAGAAGUACUGAAAUUGCCCACUAGAAGAGGGACUGAGAUAGUGGCCAUGUACAUUCGACACCCCAUGGCCACCUCUACCCUUCUCUACUCUCACGGUAACGCCGCCGAUCUGGGUCAGAUGUACGAGCUCUUUAUCGAAUUGAGCAUUCACUUGCGUGUUAAUCUCAUGGGGUAUGACUAUUCUGGCUAUGGUCAAUCCUCUGGGAAGCCAAGUGAGCAGCAUACAUAUGCAGAUAUUGAAGCUGCAUAUAAGUGUCUUGAGGAGAGCUAUGGUACCAAGCAGGAAGAUAUUGUCCUUUAUGGUCAAUCAGUUGGAAGUGGCCCCACUUUGGAUCUUGCAGCUCGGCUGCCUCAAUUAAGAGCUGUCGUCUUGCAUAGUCCUAUACUCUCAGGCUUAAGAGUCAUGUAUCCUGUAAAGCGCUCAUACUGGUUUGACAUUUACAAGAACAUUGACAAAAUCCCGUUGGUUAAUUGUCCUGUACUUCUAAUCCAUGGAACUGCAGAUGAAGUCGUUGAUUGCUCUCACGGUAAGCAACUGUGGGAACUGUGUAAAGAGAAGUAUGAACCCCUAUGGAUUAAAGGAGGAAACCACUGUGAUUUAGAGCUGUACCCAGAGUACAUCAGGCAUCUGAAGAAAUUCAUAUCAACUGUAGAGAAAUCACCUUCGCAGAGGUAUAGUGCCAGGAGAAGUGUGGACCAGUUUGAGCAGUCUAGGAAGAGUACUGAUGUUUUUGAAGGUUCAAGGAAGAGCACUGACAGGAGAGAAAAACCAAGGCACAGCACUGACAGGCCUGAAAAAUUGAAAAACUUGUCAAGUAAUGCUGACAAGCUAGAAAAAUUGAGAAUCUCUUUCGAUCAAAUUGAAAGGUCUCGGAGAAGUGUGGAUUGCAUUGAAAAGUCCCGGAAAAGCAUUGAUCAUCAACUAGAAAGAGCUCGGAAGAGUGUAGACCGAUUGGAUAGAAUACGAACAGGGUAAUUUUUUUCAUUAACAAAUUGUAAAAUUUAUGAGUGUGUUUGGUUGUUGGGGAAAUUUGUUUGGGCUUUCUUUUAUUUAUGGUGUUUUGGUGGCUUUGGAAGUUUUCUGAACACUAUUGCGAAAACUGAUAAAAGGGUGUGGUGGUAUAAUGGAAUUCUUUCUGUGACAUUCUCAUCCUGUGAGAGCCUCUGUAUU